AUGACAUGCAACUUUUAGAGAUUGAAGCGGCACAAUAUUCAAGGAUAGUGAUAAGAAUAUAUUUGGUGAAGCUCUUCAAAAGUCAAGGUGGAAUAGGAUUUAUAAAAGUUUUGAGAGUGUGAAAGAGAUUGAAAUAAAGAAAAAUGUUAUUCGAGAAGGUGGUUAAUGCAGUUGGGAAGAGAAAUGUGUUGGUUGGUAUCCGUAUUGACAGCCAGAGCAGAGAGCUGCUCAGCUGGGCUAUUGUGAAAGUUGCUGAGCCUGGUGAUUGUGUGGUUGCAGUUCAUGUUUGUAGAAGUUCUGACCGGGCUUCAAAAAACAAGAACUUGUUGGAUGGUUAUUUAGAAGUUUAUGAAGAGCUAUGUAAUGCAAAUAAGGUUGAUCUCAGUGGUCAAAUCUUGACAGGAAGUUCAGCCCGAAAGGUUUUGGUGAGAGAGGCGAAGAGCUGUGCUGCUGUGGCUGUAGUUGUAGGGAUAAGCAAGCAUAGUGCUCUUGGGGGUUGGGCUUCCACAGCCAAAUAUUGCAGCAGGAGGCUGCCUUCAACAACAGAUGUUUUGGCUAUCCACAAUGGGAAAAUUGUGUUCAGAAGGUUCACCAAUAAUCAACUACCAGGUCUUAAACUUAAUGGGGAUCCAAAGCCAAGUUUUAGUCUAAUAAAAGUUCCAACUUUAGAAGAUUACAAAUCUGAAUUUGGUGACUCUGAGGCAGAAACUGCAUCAACCAUUUCUGAGGUGGUACAAAACUCCAGAGAUGGAGUUUUCAACCUUGCCUGUGACAGCAAAAGACUUUCUUUGAGAUCAAAUUCUCUAUAUGCAAGAGACCCUUUGGAUUCUAGGCCUGGUUGGCCAUUACUUCGUAAAGCUAGUUCAUCUAUUCCACAAGCAUCACUUGCUAGGAACAUAUCUGUGGUGCAAUGGGUAAUGACCUUACCAGAUCGUUCCCCACAGCUAAGUCCUCAAUGUUCAACUAUUAUAGAAACCCCAUUUGAAAGUGAUAUCAGUGAAGGUUUGGAUGUGAGUCCUAAGAAUUGUUUGUCUGCAUUCAGUAAGCUACCGAAAGGUUGCAAAUGGUUCAGUCAUGAGGUUCUGAAAAUGUCAACUUCUCAGUUUUCCUCAGAAAAUUUAAUCAGCAAAGGAGGAUGUAACCGUGUAUAUGAGGGGACUCUUCCAGAGGGCAAGGCAGUGGCAGUAAAGAUUGUGAAAUCAACCAAAGAAGCAUGGAAGGAUUUUGCCUAUGAAGUGGACAUCAUCUCCUCACUGAAACACAAACACAUCACACCCUUGAUUGGUGUCUGCAUCGAAGAUAAUGCUUUAAUCUCAGUUUAUGAUUUCUUGUCUAAAGGAAGCUUAGAGGAAAACCUACAUGGUAAAAACAAAGAUAAGUCUGUAUUAUCAUGGGAUGUGAGAUUUAAUAUAGCAGUUGGGAUUGCUGAAGCUCUAAAUUACCUACAUAAUGAACGUUCUCAGCCUGUUAUUCAUAGAGAUGUCAAGUCUUCAAAUAUUCUUCUCUCCAAUGGAUUUGAACCACAGUUAUCUGAUUUUGGGCUUUCGAUGUGGGGACCAACAAACUCAUCAUUUGUGACUCAAGGCGAUGUAGUAGGAACAUUUGGUUAUAUUGCUCCUGAAUAUUUCAUGUAUGGGAAAGUAAGUGACAAGAUUGAUGUGUAUGCCUUUGGUGUAGUGCUUCUUGAAUUGUUAUCAGGAAGAGAACCUAUUGGCUUAGAAAAUCCCAAGGGACAAGAGAGCUUGGUCAUUUGGGCAAAGCCAAAGACAGAGUGUGGAGAUAUAAAAGGUAUUUUGGAUCCAAAAUUGGAUGGAAAAUAUGAUGAGACUCAGGUUCAGAGAAUGGUUCUUGCAUCAACCCUCUGCACCACAAGGGCAGCUCGGCUUCGCCCUAAAAUGAGCCAGAUACUAAAGCUGCUAAAAGGGGAUAUAUAUGUUGAAGAAUGGUUGAACUCCCAAAAUGGUAAUCUAAAGGAUUCAGAAAACCAGGACAACAAUGAUGAUGAGGUUUAUCCAAAUUCUAGUCCAGAGUUACAUUUGAGUCUUGCAUUGCUUGAUGUUGAAGAUGAUAACACAUCAAAUAGUAGUGUUGAGCGCAGCAACAGUAGUUCUUUGGAAGAAUACUUGAAAGGACGAUGCAGCAGAUCUUCCAGCUUUGACUAGCUUUAGUCUCCCAAAUAGUUUCACCUUUAUCAAACACAAAUUUGCUUCGUACUUCACUUUUUCAGAUGUGUAGUUUGUAAUUGUACAGUUGAGGAAAAGAAUGUUGGCACCCUACAGUGAGGUGUUUUGUAGAAGUAAAAUGUAAAAAUCCCAUUUAAUUUUUCUUUUGCAACAAUUCCAUGUUGCAAAAUGUUUAGACAACAUUCUGGACCUUGUGAUGCUUAAUAGCUAACUACAUCUUGCUGAAGAAGGGUGAACUUACUUCUGUGCAAA